AAUGGGAGGGAGGGGGUAUAUGUAUGUGUCAGCCCUGCCCUCGGCGUGUGUGUGUGUAUGUGUGUUUAUGUACCAGGGCAGGGGCACUGAAUUAGUGGUCAGGAGCGCGGUUACAGGGAGGGUGCGGUCUCGGCGGAGGCAAUCUCAGCCAGUUACACUUCGGCGCCGCACUGUUCAAAGAGGCUCCAGGUCUUUGCUGCUCGGUCCGAUUUCUUGCCAGGAUCUGCCGGCUCAGCGGCUCCGGCACCGUCCGCAGCUGCCCCGUCGCCUUCUGAAGCACCUUCUUUUGACUUUCCUGCCUCGGACGCUUUCCCGUCACUUUAUCACCUGAGAAAUUCUCUCCGCCUGCUUGCCGGGUCAACGCGGACUCUGGUUUCUCCCCUAUCAGUGGAUCGCACAGACUUCUAGGUGCCCCGUUCUCUCACUCACACACGCUCCCUCUCUCUCUUUCGUUGCCUGAUCUGCCGUUCUCCGCGGUUCCUGACACACUCCCUCUAUCCCUGACGUUCUCUCCCCUGCCGACUUUCUCCAUCUCUCAAUUCCCCGAUCCUCCCUGCACCCUUCACUUUAGCACCUCAUUGCCGCUCUUUCUAUCCCGUUUCUCUCCCACUACCAAUACAUCUCCCCGCCGGCUUCCUCUUACCCCUUCCCUUUAUCUCAUAUAUUUACAAUUAUAUUCUUAAUUAUUUCUCCUCCCUCGGUCUAGUUCUCUCUCACGGUCUUUGGCAUCGCUUCGCAGCGGGAUCACCCUUACACCCCCUCCCUCACGGGACUUCCCAUGCACCGUCCGGAGAGAGGUCGGUGGCGGCCGGAGCAGUGAACGCUGGGUUGGGUCGGUGCGCUCCCAGGGACGCGGAGUGGAGAACCGGCGUGCGCCCUGGAUGGGGGUCUUGGUUGCAACCGGGCGCCUAGGCUGAUCGCCACUCUUGGAGAGGGUUAGGGGUGGGAGGGUGGGGAAAGGAGGGAGGGGUGUGUGUUUGUGUGGGUUGAUAGCAUAUACCCCCUGCGUGAGGGGGUGUAGGCUGGAAAGGGUGAGGGUGAAGAAGUGUGCCGGGGGAGGCUUUCAGUACUGCCCUGACCCGCCAGUAGACUGGGGACUCUGGCGAUGAGACCGUGGACGGUACUGCUGCUGUUGUCGGCUUGGGUUCCUCUCCUCUGCCCCGGCGCCCUGGGCUGCGGCCCGGGGAGAGGUUACGGCAGCCGGCGGAGACACAACCGAAAGCUGACGCCGCUCGCCUACAAACAGUUCAUCCCCAACGUGGCCGAAAAAACCCUGGGAGCCAGCGGCAAGUCGGAGAGUAAGAUAAACAGGAACGCGUCCCGCUUCAAGGACCUGAUUCCGAACUACAACCCCGACAUCAUCUUCAAAGACGAGGAGAAAUCCGGCGCGGACAGGCUCAUGACACAGCGUUGCAAAGAUAAACUGAAUGCCCUUGCGAUCUCAGUGAUGAACCAGUGGCCUGGCGUGAGGCUGCGAGUGACCGAAGGUUGGGAUGAAGACGGUCACCAUUCCGUGCAGUCCUUGCACUAUGAGGGACGGGCAGUGGAUAUCACCACCUCGGACAGAGACCGUUCCAAGUACGGGAUGCUGGCGCGACUGGCGGUUGAGGCAGGCUUUGACUGGGUCUACUAUGAAUCAAAGGCUCACAUCCAUUGUUCAGUCAAAUCAGAUCACUCCAUGGCAGCCAAAACUGGCGGCUGUUUCCCUGGGAAUGCCAGCAUCCUGAUGGAGGACGGCCAGAGGAAGGGGGUCUCCGAGCUGCAGCCCGGAGACCGGGUGCAGACUGUGGAUCAAGAUGGCCAGGUUGUUUUCAGCACCUUCGUGACCUUCCUGGACCGGCAGCCUGAGACAGUGAAGUUAUUCCACGUGCUCGAGACUCAGGAGCCGCCUCGGAGGCUGCAGCUGACUGCCGCGCACUUGGUCUUCGUGGCAGACAACUUCACCUUGGACCUGGGCCGCUUCAGGCCCACUUUCGCCAGUGAGGUGAGGGCCGGACAGUACGUGUACACGGUGGAUGGCCCUGCGCAGGUGACGGGGGUCUCGCUGCGGGCAGACGUCGGCGCCUACGCCCCACUAACCCAGCAGGGCACGCUUUUGGUGGACGGUGUGUUGGCUUCCUGCUUUGCCGCCAUCGAGGGCCACAGCCUGGCGCAGAUGGCCUUUGCCCCGCUUCGCCUCUGCCAUCGAUUGGCGUCCAUCUUUGGCCAAGUUUGCCCUGCCAUCAGCCAGGAGGGCAUUCACUGGUACUCACAGCUACUGCACCGGAUUGGCAGGCUCAUUCUUAGCCCCAGUGACUUCCACCCCUGGGGUGUUGCGCAAGGCUGAGGCCCGGCGUCAUGGGCUGAGGCUUCGACACGGGAGCGGGUGUGUAUCAGGCACGCGGGGAGGCCCUGACCCAUCCCCCCACAUUUCCUCCUCUCUCCUCCCAGUAGAUCAGGUAAAUUGCACUGCUUUGGGGACAUUGUCCUGUGUCUACAGCUUCCAGGAUUCAUGGAUCCGAGAUCUCCCUUCUCUGGAAGGGAAAAACACCUGCUCAUGAUCUCUGGAGUUAGACUUUGCUUUGUUGGCAUUGAGAACAGGAGUUUACUUCAUUGUGGCUGAGAAAAAGGAAACUCUCACCUUGGACAGAAUUACCCGGGGCCCCUACUUGAGUCAAAGCCAUCCGUAUCUAAACGUUGCAUUCUUCAGAGCUGUGGAUAAUUGGACAAGGAUGUUUGUGGACUCAGAUUCAAAGUAUUGCGUUUUUCACUCACCUAUCAUUUUGCAGUUUCCUUUACAAAUUGCUGCGCCCCACAUUGAACGAGAACGGCUGGGUAAACAUGUUGCAUUCUAGCUGUACUGCAGACAGUUUCACUAGUGCAUCGACACAGACGUAUGAUUACCAAGAUGUAUAUAUCCUAAAAUAUCUCUCAGCAUAUACAGGGUUAUCAUCUCCAUACAGAGGCUAGACAAGGGACCACAGCUUGAGUCAUGUUUGCUUUGCUGCUGAAUCAUGUUCAUUAAAAUCUUUCACCAUCAAUGCCGAGAAUUGAAAAAACAUCAAAUCAUUAGUGUUUGGUUUACAUCAGGAGAGUCACAGCCAAAUCCCAAUGGAGAUUUAAGGUUACCAUCUCUAUUCUUGGAGGUUUCCAGUGUGACUUUUCCACCCUCAACAUCCCUCUCAAGCUGGACACUGCUCCUUUUUGCCUCUUAAGGAAGGACUUGCCCCAUUCAUAAUCUCCAUCUGUGGGGGUCAGAUCGGACAAUCAAGGUCCUGACUCCUUUCCUCUACAUGUCACUACUCCAGACAGAAAAGGGGAGAUAAAUCUUCUCAAGUCUAACCUCAUGACAAACCCAGAAUGAGAAAUGUAAAGGGGCUUUGGAGUUUGACUCUGCAGUUGACUAUUUGACCAUGUAGGUCCUCCAAUAAAUCCACCCUUUAGCCUGAUAAUACUUUAACCUCUGUCUUCCAAAAUGUGCUCACAAAUCGUCAUCCCUCAUCCCCCACACACCCUACCUUCCCCUCUCAACCGGACUCACCUAUCUUGCCAGCUUGUGCUCCUCCCCUCGUACCCCUCCACCUUUUAAUUUAGCUUCUGUCUUCUUCCUUUCUGGUCCUGAUGAAGGGGUCUCGGUCCAAAGAGUAGACUGCUUAUUCCCCUCCAUAGAUGCUGCCUGACUUGCUGAGAUCCUCCAGUAUUUUGAGCGUGUUGCUCACCUAACUGGUCAUCAACCAUCACACUGCAAAAGGUUUCAACUGUCACAUUUGAGUUAUCCGGAGGAAGGGAUGGAAAAUCUUUCUUAGGUAAAUUUUGGGCCCCUUAUGUACUGACAUUGGAGAGAGUCCAGAGGAGGUUCAUGAAAAUUAUCCCUGGAAUUAAAGGGUUAAUGUUUGAAGAGCUCUGUAUUCACCGGCAUUUAGAAGAAUAAGCGGAGCUCUCUCUGGAACCUAUGGAAUAUUGAAAGGCCUAGACAGAGUGGAGGUGAAGAGGAUGUUUCCUAUUAUGGGGAGAGUAUAGGACAAAAGGGCUCAUCCUCAGAAUAGAAGGACAUCCCUUUACAACAGAGAUGAGGAGGAAUUUCUUUAACCAGAGGUUGGUGAAUCUGUGGAAUUCAUUGCCACAGAUUACUUUGGAGGCCAAGUCAUUGGGUGUAUAUAAAGCAGAGGUUGAUAGGUUCUUAAUUAGUAAGGGCAUCAAAUUUUAUGAGGAGAAGGCAGGAGAGUGGGGUUGAGAGGAAUAAUAAAUCAGCCAUGAUGGAAUGGCCUAAUUCUUCUCAUACGUCUUGUAGUCUUAUAGUCUUAUGGUGAGGGUUUCUAAGCUGUGGGGGCAAGAUUUCAGAAACUUCCCUCAGCUGACUUUGAACAUGUUGGGAAACUCAAGGUCCAAUGGGUACUUAUACAUGCAAAUCAGCAGGUUGCAUUACCCCAUUUGAAGAACAGCGCGAAAUUUGGAAUGUUAUGUAUGAAAAAUAAACAGCUUGCAGAUUGUACAGGAAUGUUAAGUUUGAAAUUCUUUGAUCUCUCCAACACUGCCCCGGUACUCACUCAUGCAAGAUUACUCUACUUCAGAUUUCCUUAACCACCUCAGUUUGUUCAUGGGUUUGCUUUGGAUGGCAGGAAGGCCUUUUUUUGCCAGCUGUCUUUAGUGAAUUUUUAAAACUUAUCUUCAAAAAUAUCUAAAUACUGUUCCAAUUCUUCAACCUACAAACAGCAGACUUAUAAAUACAAGGAGAUUCUCCAGAUGCUGAAAAUCUUGAACAACACAAACAAAAUGCUGGAGGAAUUUGGCAGGCCAGGCAGCAUCUACAGAGAGGAAUAAACAGUCAACAUUUUGGGCGGAGACCCUUCAUCAGGUUUGGAAAUUAAGGGGGAAGAAGCCAGAAUAAGAAGGUGGAGGGAUGGAGGGAGGAGGACAAGCUGGUGGGUGAUAGGUGAGGGGAAAGUACGAGGUUAGAGGAGGGGGAUGAAGUGAACGGCUGGAAGGUGUUGUGGAAGAGUUGAAGGGCCGAAGGAGGAAUUGGCCUUCUUAGGAGAAGACUAUGGACCUUUAGAUCUAAUCCAGUGGUGGUCUCUCUUCACUCGCCAACAAAAAAAUUUCUGGCUCCUUGUUGGCUGCAAAUUCACUGCUAUAUGUUGUACAAACAUGGUGAUGAUGCCACCAUAAUAAAGGAAUAAAGUAUCCUGACAAGUUGCUAUAUAAAUGCAAGUAGUCUUCCUGCAGAAAUUCCUGCAGCUCUAUUUUAGGCUGAACUUCCCUGGAAGUAGUCAGCUUAGGGGGGUUUGUUCCGACAAGAUGAAUGAGUUGAGAAAGGAAUUGAUUGCUGGUGGGCUGAUGAUGUCGUCGUGAUGUCACAUAGGGGACUGCCAAUCCAAUAUGGCUGCCAAAGAUGACAGAGUGGAGCCUUGAGAGAUGAGGAAACAUCAGAAGAGGAGGGGAGGCUUUGUAACUGUGGCAAUGAUGGACACGUCAAGUGGAAGGAAUGUCACUUACUGUGAAUCCUAAGUAUUCUGAAUUGGAGAAGGAGGCAAUAUUGCCCCAUUUCUCUUUCUUUCUACAUCAUGGAAACAAAGCUCUCUCCUCAACUCAUUCUGGGCUAUGUAAAUUCUGAACCAGCUCUAUAGAGUGGGCAAAGAGAUUCAAAAGAGGGGAGUGUUUCCCAUUCAUUACACCCAGUGCCGUGGAAACCCCUCGACCCCGACUCCAUCGGCACACUGAGCAACAAUGGUAAACCACGAGACUGCACACAAGUCCAGCUGAAUGCUUUGUAUUUUGCCACGUGACAAUACGUUGGAUUCAACCUAGUUUAACUAAUGAUGUGACGAUGUGUCAGACUGAACAUGAGACUGAGCACGUGAGAAAAUGCAUACGUGACCAAUCAUGUGACUGGGCACAGGACAAUGACUAUGUGCGUAACUGUACACCUGACACUUCAUGUGUAACAUGGAAACGAACAUGUGACAAAACACACAACUGAAUACACGUGUGAGCUCAUGACUAAACAACAGACUGAUCACGUGAGCUAACACAUAACUGGACAUAUGAGUACAUGCCUCAAAACUUGUUAGAAAUUUUUAUGUACACACGUACAUGCACACACACGUUUGGGUUUUAACUCUCUAUUUACAGAUAUACCCCACUCAAUGCUCAAUUCUCCCCCUAAGUUAGUUGAUUUUAUUUGAUUUUGGAAAGAAAAUAUAUGUAUAUUUCCCACAACUGCAAUUUAAUGUGUAAAUUUACACCCCAGGCAUUGUGUGUUACUUAUGAGAUUUAUUUUUAUACUUGUGAAUUGUAAUAUAGAAUUGUAAAAGUUGGCUGUCAAUAUGAAUUUUAUUAUAUUAUAUAUUAAAAUGCUAUCAAUCUGUAAAGUUUUAAUUUAAAAGAUUUUCAAGAAUAGAGAUAUUUUUAUCUUGACUUCUGAUGUUAUUCUGGAAUCUCCUGUGACUAAUCUUGCAAUGUACUUUGUUUUCUUCUAUUUAAUGAAUAAAAUUAAUAUCUGAUCACUGA